UGCUCACUUACUAUAAUAGAACAGGAAGGAUGUGGACAAUGAAAAUCGCAUCGAGAUAGUAAUGUAAACGAAUGACACCAAAUGGCUUAUAAUUGACCGUGAAGGAAUAGAGAGUUCGUAUUGCUCAGUUCGAGUUUCAUUUCUAUUGGACGGUACUCGAGCAAACGAACUACAUUCCCGUGCGAUAGAAAUGGUGAACUGUCAACACCUUACCAAUCUCAGAACAUGAUUUUAUUUCGUAUAUUUGCCGAGAGUUGGGGCGGUCUUGCCUGAAGCUUGUCCGGUAAAGAUCGCAGAUUACGCGACUGGUCAUCGAAGUGAACGGACACCGGCAUGCAGCAAUGUUGGUUUUAACAUGCGAGAGGAGAACGAGUGCAAAGAUCGUGGCUCUCGAAUGCUAAGUUCCUAUAAUAAUGGCAGAUAAUGUACACAGGAAAUCGCAUAAACUCUCGGAUGGUAGUAGAAAGAUAUCUAAUCCAGUGCAUCGUACGACUACGGAAACGAUUCGGUUAGGAGAACCAGAUAAACUACACCAGCCGGUUAGCUUGACUACCUCAAGCAACGUGACCAGUAGUAAUCAGUGUAGAAAAAAGACGUCGUCUUUUCAAAUUACAAGUGUUACAGUCGGUUGUCGUAUGAGCAACGAUGCCGGCGAAGAUUCCAAUGACGAUUUGGACGAAUCCCACACAGAAGAUAAUUCUGUGGAACAUUCGCGUAUUACCGAUAUUGAUAUCGAGACGCCUAGUUAUUCGGAAGAUACCUUCUCUAAAGAGGACGUAUUUUUCAACACCAGUAAUGCUGCUCUCAGUACUGCUCCGGUGAUUCCUACCAGUUCACAAUAUGGACUGGCCAUUGUACCAUCAGAAGGAAACAGUGUGAACAAUUCAGUCAACGAUAGCAAUAUCAACACAUUAGACAUUACAUCUGUUACCGACAACAAUAUUAUUAAUUUACUGUCGAGUAAUGCUAAGCAAGAUUCUGAUUUACGAGAGGUACAUUCACAUGGGAGGAAUGAACGUUUUAAAGUAGUCAAAAUUGAAAGUACAGAGCCAUUUAAGAGAGGUAGAUGGACCUGCAUGGAUUAUUUGGAUCAUACAUCGGUGAAUCAACCAGCUAUUGGUACCCCUAAAGUUUCUGAUCCAAAUGAGGUGUGCAUAUCUUAUGGGGUUACAGAUAGUGGAAUUGUAAUCCCAGAUGCAUCUAAACAAUCUGUUGUAUCUGACGAUAAGAGCAUUAAUCUUGACGUCAAUGGAACAGUUCACUCUCAUCCUGAUGUGCAGUCAUCGAUUGGUGUACCGAACAAUAGUUCAGUUACAAGUUCAAAUUAUGCAGUAAACAGUUCUAUUUCCUCUACUGUACAGCAUAAUCCCACGCAACCAAACGUUCAACCACCUUCGCAAAUUCCUCAAUAUUUUCAGUCAUCUGCGCAACAGUUAGCUUCUCAACAACAAGGACAGGGAUCUACGUUGCCAUCUAAUUUACAACCUACGCAUCCAAAUAAUCUGGGGCAACCUCAGAGUAUGCCUCAAGGUUCUAUACCUAUUAUAACUCAAACUAGUAGUAAUAGUGUUCCAACUCAACAAAAUAUGACUCAUUCUAAAGAAGAUCCAUAUCUGGGGGUUAGCACGCAAAAUCAAUCUUUACCUGGACAAACUGUUUGUCCUUCAUCGGUACAGCAAACUACUGUUCCAACUUCUCAAGCAUCAAAUAUACUUGUUACCCAACAUCCAUCACAACAACAGCAACAGCAACAACAAUCGCAGCAUCCACCACAGCAACAACAGCAGCAACAGCAACAGCAACCGCAACACCCUCCACAGCAACAACAGCAACAGCCUCAACAGCCAUUGCAAACACAAAAACCAAUGACUCAGAUUUCCGAGCCACUAACUGCCGUUCAAGGAAUGCAGGGCAUUCAAAGUAUACAUAAAGUUCCUCAAACAGGUACACAGCAAUCUUCCUCAACUAUUCAUGCACCAGGACCACCGGUACAAUCUCAAGUUAUACCACCAACACAAAUGCAAACGCAAUCCUCUGGUAGCAAUACUCAAGUGCAAAUGGCUCAAGUGCCAGCUGCUUGUCAAAAUGUUGUGGCAGGAAUGCAGCAAGGGACUAUUGCAUUUCAUCAACCUGAUCCAGAGCAGGACUCUAUUUCAGGCAUUGUUACUACUGCUGCAGCACAAUCAGCUGAUGCUACUCUUUUGGAAUCUUUAACUGAAGUUACACAAGGAAGCGAUGAACAUCAUACUCUUGAAGAUAGUGAAAGCGUGUCAGGAACAGGUGCAGUAGCGAUUGAUAAUAAAAUUGAACAAGCUAUGGAUCUGGUAAAAAGUCAUUUGAUGUUUGCUGUACGAGAAGAAGUUGAGGUAUUAAAAGAAAAAAUCGCAGAACUUAUGGACCGUAUUAACCAAUUGGAAGCUGAAAAUUCAAUCUUAAAAGCCCAUGCUACUCCAGAAACAUUGGCUCAAUUAAGUCAAACAACAGCAAAAUUACCCCAAAACAGUUCAGGAAGUGGUCAAUAGUUUAUUGAUUAGGAAAUAUAUUUAAAACUGUACAUUGAAUUUUUCUUUCAAAAUGGUCAACCGUUUUGGAAAAACAUUGUUGCGAUCCUAGACACAAGCAAAGACGUAUAUGAAUGCAUGCCAGGACUAAACAGCAUACAUAACCAGAGUUGAUAUUGUUUUACGAUAGAAUUGAAGAUUUUGAACGUGUUAAAAGAAGAUAUUUAACGAUACAAAAUAGGCAGCUAGACAUCCUUAAUAUAAUUUUAAUAUUUGGCUAAUUUGGAUGAUCAUGUCAAUGUAAUAGUUUUAAAAAAAAACUAAAUUUUCCGUGAUUUAGAUUAUUAUUAUUAAUAUUUAAGUAACGAAAUUAAAAUAUUACGUUGAUUAAAGCGAAAAUUAUGUCGAUAAAAUAAAAUAUUAAUUUGGUUUACAUCACAUUUGAGGAUCUUAUAGUGUACCGUUCUGUAUUUUUUUAAAGAUUAUAAUGCCAAAAAGCAUUUGAAAGUAUUGUUCCUAUUACAUAUUUUAGUUAUCUAAUAAUUUUUACAUUGCAUUUUGUAAGCUAAAUCUUGGCACGACACUUUAAAUUUUAGUACCAUGGAUGUCAAAUCGCAUAGUUUAUAUUUCGAUACUCGUGUCAAUAGUCUCGUUUUUAAACUGAUAUGUAUUAUAUUUAACAACAAACAAGUGUCCAAGAAACUUAUGGUGUGCAUCUGAAAACUCGCAAUAUUUUGUCAUUUUAUGUUACAUCUUAUAUGAGCCUAAUAAAAAAAUUUUUUCAUUGUACGAUCAUUAGAAUUUCUUAAAAGUCUUCAACGUUGCUUUUGUCGUAAAAAGCAAAAAGGAAAUAUACGUGAUAAUGA